AGGAAGCCUAUAAUUUGAAAUAGAUUCCCCCUUGUACCCUCUCCCUCUUUCAUCUGUCUCUUCCUUCUUUGAUCUAGCAGGGGACCCUAAAGAGAGUAGUAGCUAUGAGUCUGGCCAAGCCAUUCUUCGGAGCCAGUGCCCCACCAUGUUCCCAUGGAAUAGCCCCCUGAGGGUCCUGUGGCCCUACCCUCCCUAGGUCUUCUGCAGGACGGCUGAAGAGUAUGCAGGGGCUACCUACUGCCCAGUCCUUCGGAGUUCCUUGCGGGGGGCAUUGUGCCUAGGGGAUGUGGAGCCCUGGGGACCUGAGCCAGAACCCAGCCCUAGCACUCAGUACGACCUAUCUGGGGCCAAGGCCGCCCUCCUCCUAGCGGUGAUCCGGGACCGGUCUGGGGCACAGCAUGACGUGAAGGCACUGGGUGGCCUGUGCCAGGCCCUGGGCUUCAAGACUACCCUGAGGACAAACCCUACAGCUCAGGCUUUCCAGGAGGAGCUGGCUCAGUUCCGGGAGCAGCUGGAUACCCACAGGGGCCCUGUAAGCUGUGCCCUUGUGGCUCUGAUGGCUCAUGGGGGGCCUCAAGGGCAGCUGCUGGGGGCUGAUGGGCAAGAAGUGAAGCCAGAAGCACUGGUGCAAGAGCUGAGUCAUUGCAGAGCCCUGCGGGGCUGCCCCAAGAUCUUCCUACUUCAGGCUUGUCGUGGGGGACACAGGGAUGCCGGCAUGGGACCCACAGCUCUCCCCUGGUUCUGGCGUUGGCUACAGGCACCACCAGCCAUUCCCUCUCACGCCGAUAUCCUCCAGAUCUAUGUGAAUCACCAAGGCAGCUCCUCCAGGGACCUCACUCCAGGGAGCUCUAACCAGGCAGACAUCCUGACUGUCUAUGCAGCUGCCGAGGGCUGUGUAGCCUAUCGGGAUGAGAAGGGCUCAGACUUUAUCCAGACGCUGGUGGAGGUCCUCAGAACUGCCCCCCAGGGAGACCUCCUGGAACUGCUGACUGAGGUCAAUCGUCGGGUGUGUGAGCUGGACGUGCUGGGUCCUGACUGCGAUGAGCGCCGCAAGGCGUGCCUGGAGAUUCACAGUUCGCUGAGGCACCGGCUCUGCCUGCAGGCCUGACUUUUCCUCCAGCCACUCGGUUAGUGCUGACAAUGGGCAGCCACACCCCAGUGCCGCCACUGACUGACUCCAUCCGCUUCUGUUACCUCACUUGUAAA